AUGUUCAGUGAGAUUCAAUGCGGUUCAGAGCAGUUCAGUGCGGUGAGGUUCGGUGUAAUGCGGUUCACCGUGAUGCGGGUCAGUGAGGUGCGGUUCAGUGCGGUGCGGUUCUUUGAGGUGCGGUUCAGUAAUGUUCAGUGCGUUCAGAGCGGUUCAGUGCGGUGCGGUUCGGUGGGGUGUGGUCCAGUGCGGUGCGAUUCAGUGAGUGCGAUGCGGUUCAGUGCGGUGCGGUUCGGCGGGGUGCGGUUCAGUGCGGUGCGGAGAGAGAUGGCGGUGUGGCUCGCCCGUGCACAGCCGAGCCGAGGGGUGGUGCUGGGAGCUCGGUGGGGCUGGCCAAGAGGGGUGGGGGGGAGGGGGGAGGACUUGGGGGAACGUUCAAAAGUCGACCCCCCGUUCAGUAUCGCCGUGAGCAUGAUCACAGAUGUGGAGGAGAGGGACUCAGCAUUCCAGGCAAGCGAGGGGCUACCAGCUCACCCUCACCAUGCCCGCCUCCAUGAGCCUCAACUUGAGCGUCCCAUGCCGCUGCUGCUCCCUCUCCCCCCUCCGCCCUCCUCUCCCUUUCAGAACACCCUAGUAGAGCCCACCAGCGGCAACACGGGCAUCGGACUCGCCUUCGUGGCGGCAGCGAGGGGCUACCAGCUCACCCUCACCAUGCCCGCCUCCAUGAGCCUCGAGCGCCGCGUGCUGCUGCGCGCGUUCGGGGCGGAUCUGGUUCUGACUGACCCCGCAAAGGGCAUGAAGGGCGCGAUUUCAAAGGCCGAGGAGAUUGUGGCAAACACCGAAGGCGCUUACAUGCUGCAGCAGUUUGAAAACCCGGCGAAUCCCAAGGUGCACUGUGAAACCAUGGGCCCCAAAACUUGGGAGGGCUCGAAUGGCCAUUCUGGUGUCUGCCUUAUUGCCUUCUUCCUGCCUGCUUUCGUCUGCUCUGAUUGGCUACAGCUCGUGGGAGUGGAGCCCACGGAAAGCCCUGUGAUCUCAGGUGGAAAGCCAGGCCCGCACAAGAUCCAGGGCAUAGGCGCCGGCUUUGUGCCUGGAGUGCUGGACGUGGGACUGCUCAGCGAAGUGGUGCAGGUGUCCAGUGAUGACGCAGUGGAGAUGGCGAAGAAGCUUGCACAGAAGGAAGGGCUGCUGGUGGGAAUUUCAUCCGGAGCAGCGGUCGUGGCAGCGAUCGAAGUGGCCAAACGGCCGGAGAACGCUGGGAAGCUCAUCGUGUCGGAGGAGGCGGGGGAGAUGGAGGAGGGGGAGGAGGAGGAGGAGGAGGAGGGGGAGGAGGAGGAGACAUCGUUGGUAUGGUUACAAAAGCCCUUUCCUGCACGUUCUCGUGCCGCCCCUUCUCGUGCCGCCCCUUCUCGUGCCGCCCCUUCUCGUGCCGCCCCUUCUCGUGCCGCCCCUUCUCGUGCCGCCCCUUCUCCCGCCGCCCCUUCUCCUGCCACCCCUUCUCGUGCUGCUGCUUCUGGUGCCGCCCCUUCUCCCGCCGCCCCUUCUCCUGCCGCCCCUUCUCCCGCCACCCCUUCUCGUGCUGCCGCUUCUCGUGUCGCCCCUUCUCCCACCGCCCCUUCUCCCACCGCCCCUUCUCCCACCGCCCCUUCUCCUGCCGCCGCUUCUGCUGCCGCCCCUUUGCCUGCCAUCCGAACCUCCAUUAGUCAACCCACCCACCGAGCCACAGUGGCAGGUUCGGCUCGCCAAACUCCAUCUCAAAGGCCAAUGACCGCCGGCCAAGGAAUUCGCACGCCUAGUGUCGAUGAAUCGCCCUCCUCACAUCCCACACACCCCACACAACCCUUGCAACUCUCACAACCCUCACACCCCGCACAACCCUUGCAGCUCAUGCCUUGCAUUGAUGAGUUUCCCUCCUCACAGCCCUCUGAGCAAGCCUCGCCGCGACAAGAGUUGCCUGUCUCUCCCUCUCAGACCAACACCCACUCUUACGAAACCAACCCCCCUCAUCCCAGCCCCCCUUACCCCGCUCUCCCUCAACCCACACCCCCUCGCUCUACCCCCACCUCCCCCACGCCCCCUCACGCCAACCCGCCUCACCCCAACCCCCCCCGCCCCACACCUGUUCGCACCGGCUCCCCCCGUCGCCUGGCCUGUGACAACCCUUCACCCUGGCCCUCUACCAAACGUUAUUUCGGAGUCACCUGGUACCGCAACGCGUGGCAGGUGUUUCUGACGGCCACCAAGGCGGAGCAGCAGCGGUAUGGGGUUAGCACUCAGUGGUACUGCGGCCGCUGGCCCAAGAAUCAGGUGGAGGACGCAGCAGCUGCUUCAGAAGCAGCACAUUUCGUGCUCAAAGGGGGGGGAGUGGGCGAGGGAGCAGGAGAGGGAGGAGGGGCGGCAGGGGAAGGAGGAGGGGGAGGAGGAGGGGGAGCAGGAACCAGGGGGAAAAGCGGGACCGAGCGAGUGUAUGACUUUCUUUCAGGAAGGGAUAAGGAGCGGUUGAGAGAGAUGGGGAGGGCGAAAGCAGCAGAGCUGAUAAAGAAGAAGAGGUGGGUGAUAUGGCAGCAAUGGCGCUCCUGGUGGGGGGAGGAGGAGGAAUUACACGCAACUGCCACUGCUGCUGCGGGGUUAUCCCUAGGUUCAGCUUCCAAGUCUGUCCGCGAGGCAAAUGCGGCUGGUAUCCCUGUUAAAGCCCUCGCUCUCGCCUCCCGUAUCCGGGUUUCUUCACCUGGCCGCACUUCUCGGGCUGCUGCUUCCCGCCGGCCUGCCCAGGUUCCUCGGGCAGCUGACCGGGACGUUGAGUGUGUUUCUCCCGCUCGCCUUCUCGCUCUCUGCACCCCUUUUGCCACGGCAGAUAACGAGGAGGCGGAAGAAUUGCUUGCUCUUUUGAACCCUCCCCCUCGCUCCAGACGUCGUCGCGGUCGCCCCACUACUCGCUCCACUCCCCGCGCUCGCAACACUCCUCGCGCUCACUCCACUCCUCUCGCUCCCUCUGCUCCUGCCACGCCUGAGCCCGCUCAGAGGCUUGUGCCCGUUGCUCCUGGUCCCACUGGUGUGCUGUCGCAUGAGCAGCAGCAACAGCAGCCGGAGGAGGAAUAUGGAGUCCCGCAGAAGUAUUUCGGCGUGUCGUUCCGCUACAACAAGUGGGAGAUCCGUAUUUCCGUGUCAGCCGCACUCAAGAAGCGGUAUGGGCUGGGGGAGCAGCUUUACUGCGCGCGGUGGGAGCGGGAGCAAGGGGAGGAGGCGGCGGCGGCAGCGGAGGCGAUUCAUUUCGUGCUGGGGAGAAGGGUUAAGAGAGCGUAUGAGUAUAUCACGGAAGAGGAGAGAGAGCGGUUGAGAGAGAUGGGGAUGGAUCGGGCUAUGAGGCUGAUCAUGCAGGGGAAGUGGAAAACGUGGCGGGAGUGGCGGCAGGGGCAGGAGGGGGAGGAGGGAGCGGAAGGGGGGGGGAAGGGGGAGGAGGGAGGAGGAGGAGGGGUGGUGGGUGGUGAGGGGAUGGAGUUGGGAGGAGAGACGGGAGGUGGGGACGGGGAAGUGGGGGGAGUGGGUGGGGUAGAGGGUUUUUCGAGGCCAAAGAGGAAAAGAGCUCCAAGGAGGGUUGUGAGGGAGAGGAGUGACGAUGCUGAAUCGGGGGGUGAGUGUGGUGAGGGGGGGGUGGGGAGUGCGAGGGGAGGAGGGAGAGGGAGAGGAGGGAGGGGGGGAAGAGGAGGGAGGGGAGGGAGUGGAGGUGGGGCAAGGAGAGUAAGGGGAAGAGGAAGAGGAGGGGGAGUGGCAGGGGGAGGAGCUAGAGCGGAAAUGGCUGGCUACACUGAUCUGCCGGGGGGUGAGGAGGAGGUGUUGUAUGACAUGGGGGAGGAGAGAUGGAGUGCGAGGGGGUUCACGUGGGAGGAGGGGCACGGUGGGGCGGGCAGGGGGGGAGGUGCGAGGAACAGCGAAGGAGGGUGGGAGGAGGUGGAAGAGAUGGACGAAGAGACAGAGGAGGGUGGGGAUGGGUGGGAGGAGGAAGCGUGGAAUGAGGAGGCGUGGGAGGAGGAGCUGUAUAAUGCGUACCGCUUGAGAGAGAUGCUCGGAGGGCUCAUGUGA